AUGAAUGGGGCACCACCGGAUCCGGCCCGCGACGCGCUGCUCAGUAUGCGCGAGGCGCUGCUUGCGCGCGAGCAGGAGCUCAUGGCCGACGGCAUCGGGAGCAUGAGCAUGGAGGAGCGCGGCCCGAUUGCCACGAGUCCGACGACGAGGAGCGGCAAGGCGAGAGCCAUGGAGUGUAUUCGCCAGGGAGAGGCGGCGCACCCCGCCAACAAGAUGAGUCUAGCUCAAGCUGACCCCAGACCCAUGGGCGAGUCGCUUGCCCUCGGCACGCGCGACUUUGACAACCAGACCGCGGCGCGCUUCGCGACGCUCGGCCUGCAGCAGCAACGACCCGAGACGCCGGAGGACCCCGAGGACCCCGACCAGCGGGCAUGGCAGGAGCUGCGGCAUCAGGCGCAGGCGUCGCACUACGCGCGCUCGCACGUCGACGAUCCGUCCAACUCAUUCGCAGACCGGGACGCCUACUCUGCCGCAGCGGUGUAUGCGUCCCAGGAAGACGACCCGGGGACGGGCCUGCCGAUGGAUGUGGCGAGGAGCAGGCGCGAUGAGGGGUAUGACUCGGACAUGCGGAUGGAUCGCGAGGAGGAGGAAGACGCCGAGAAUGAGUUUUCGGAGGGCAACGAUGAGUAUGAGGGAGACGGGACGAAUACGAUGGACGCGGCGCCGGGCUUCUCAUAG